UGAAUUACUAGAAAACUUGUACAGAACAAUUCUAAAAUACACUUUUGCACAACAACUCUUUUUUUAUAGUAAUUAAAAAUUAUCUUAUUAUCAGAUUGAUUAACUUCAAGGUACCCAAGAUUCAAAUCUAGAGUUUGUUUUGAUUAGGUCGUAUGAGCCACCUGACUUAUUUCAAGAAAAUCGCUGCUAAAGUUUUGCAAUACAAUUUCAAUUGUGGUAUUUCUAAUGUGACUCAGAGUUGUCUGAAAAAUUGAUAUGCGAUACAAAAAUAUAUGAGAAAUAUGCCAGGGUACAAUGCAGACCUAAAUUAAGAUGUGUGGGUAAAAACGUACUUAAGACCUUUUUUGGCGCAAACGUCGCGUACCGUCAAACGGGGCAUCAUGCAACAGCGGGGUUGGAUGCAACAUUUAGAUAACACUACACUGAUUUAAUUUUUAAUUUAAUGUAAUGAGAUAAAGAUAUCUUUUAAUGAUUACAACAUGAUGAUGACAUAAUUUCUAGCAUCCAGAGAUAGUUUUUUAAAGUUUUUGAUUUUCAUAUUAAAUUUAAAAAAUCGAACAAUAAAUGUACAAUUUUUAACAUUUUUCGAUGCCGUAAAAAACUAUACCCAGUAUGAAGGAUUGGUUUGAUAAUAUCACCUACAAACUUUAUACUGGUUUCCUCAUCCUAUACCAACACUAUUGAUGUAAAAAUAGUUUUUGAAAAAUCACUCAAUUUUUUUAAAUAAAUAUUUUUAUAAUUCAGUUACCAGUGUGGGGUAAAAUGCAACAAAAUGCAAAUCAAAGAAACACCUUGUAAAUCUCAUAUCCAAAUGCUGGAAUAUGAUUGUUUUGCAUCACGCGUUUGUCAACACUGAAAUUUCUUUCAUCCAAACAUUUUUUUUAAUGAUUUCGGCUUUUUCAAUUUUCAGUACUAGGGGAGAGUGGGGAUACUUGAUCCCCUUUUCUUAUUUUCACCAUAUCUUUUUGGAAAAAUUUAGCAACUCGCCGUCUUUGAAAUUUUCUGACAGCUUGUAACUUCAAGUUUCUAUGCUUCAAAAAUUAGAACGAUACUUGAACCCGUUGAUAAACUAGAAGCAUUUUCGUGGGAGUAAAAAAAUUGCGAUUUUUCUGAAGUUAGGGGAGACUUGAUCCCCUAUUGAAGGUGACUUGAUCUUUAAUUCAGGAAUCCCUAAUCCUUGUAUAAAAAUCAAACAAAACCCCAAGAUAGAAUGUUAAUUGACUAUUUUGGUCAUGUUUGUUCUCAUUUUACAAUUUAUAGCAGACAUAAGAAGAACAUUCUAAAACUUCGUCUCAACGCUAAUAACAUUGCAUACUUAAAGGCGCUAUUUUUUUAAUUAGGAGAAAAUUAAUUAUUUUUGCUCUUUUCUUCAGACAAUUGUUUGAUAAAUAUUAGUUUUUGGAUAAAUAUUAGUAAUUUCGUAAUCAGCAAUCAUAACGAUCAAUUCAGAAGAAGAAUAUGCCGUUUGGAAGGGGGAUCAAUUGUACCCAACUCUAGGGGAUCAAUUGUACCCAUAAUCAACAUUUUAGAAAACUUUUUCUGAAAAAAGUUGAGAGUUUUCCAUUGCUUUGAAAAUAUGGCAUUAUGAAGUUCAUUUUACGCUCGAACGAUUGAUGCAUUGGAACAAAUAUUUUUUUCAUAAUUUUCCCAUGUAAGGAACAUUUUAAAGUGAUACAAAAAGAUCUUCAAGUUACAUUUUUUGAAAUUUUUCAAACAAAGUUCAAUUACUCAAACAAUUAUUUUGUUAAAAAUUUUUAAACUACAAGCAUUGUUAUUUUGCCCAUUUUGGCACAUUUUUCUAGAACAUUUGAUCUUUGUAAGACAUUCCAGUUUCGAGAUAUAGCUAAGGAAUCAAGUAUCCCCAGGGAUCAAGUAUCCUCAUUCUCCCCUACUGUUUUACCCCUUAAUGUAUGCAGCACACUAAUUUUCAGAAAAAAUGUGAAAAUAAGUUUUCACAAAACAAAAAAUCACUGCAAAUGGUGUUGUCAUGCGUAAUGAUCUUGAAUUUAUCGAUAAUUUAUCAAAAACUAUACAUUUUCAUAUAUUUUUCUAAGAUUUCUUAUCAAAAACAUAGUUUGUUGCAAGUUACCCCAUUUUCUGAGGAGGACGAAAAUCGCAUGUUUUUAGAAAAUUAAAAAUAACUGAAGAAACCAAUAAUUUUUCUGACUACGCCAAUUUGAUGUCCCGUCAACCUUGAAACUUUUAAUGCAUGAAAGGUAUGAUUAACUGUGAACAUAAAGUUUUUAGAAGCCAAUGAAAUUGAAAAUUGUUGCAUGUUGCCCCAGUUGACGGUAUUGCUAAUUUAUAAAUUUUAUCUCAUGAGACCUAACCUUCGCUAAUUUCAGCUAACUUGCUUCAAGUACUAAAGUGCUAUGAUUCCUCUGGGAUAUGUCUCAAUGUUUUGCAUGAAAUUCGAGGAAACACUAGUUGGUAAUUUUUCAAGUAUCUCGAGAAAGAGCAAUAAAGAAAGAGUACUUACAUUUUAAUCCCUGGAGUGUUGUCUGGAUCCUCGCGGGUGAUAUAUUCUCUACAGAAUUGGUGGGAGGGCCUUUUCCAAAUCACUAACAUUGGAGUAGAGCAAUCUCCUUUCCACGCCGGUUCAUCAGCUUGGAAUCUAGCAGUGAUGGACCAGUGUGCAUCAGGUUCCUGGUGAACUGGAAAUUAUCGGUUACUAUCUGUGACUCUGAUAAUCCGAUGAGAACUGCAGGAACUCAUCUGAAGCAUUGCUUUUAAGUUAGCUGCCACUGUAUGGAGAAAAAUCAUCAGGUUGAAAACAAUUUUAGACAUAUAAGUUACAUUGUUUGAACUUACCCAGGAGAAAGGUGAAAAUUUAUAUCACUGCGGUAGUCAGAACAACUAUUUUAAGCGAUUCCCGUUAAAAUGAACAAACUUUCCAUCAUCCGGCAAUGCCUUUUCUAACAAAAUGCAUAAGGACACAAAAACCAACACGACGAACUGUUGAUUUGUGUAGGGCAGCAGUAGUUGAUAGCAGUAGGACAUUUUGAGUUCAAAGUAGGACAGUACGGCAAGGGUCGAAAAAGCAGGAUGUCUGCGCUAUUAUUAAAUUGAUCUAGUAUGCUGCUUUCUAACGUGCGAUUUCUAUGUUAAAAUGUACUAAAUGGAAUAAUGAGCUAUGGAAUCAACUUCUGCUAGCAGAGCAGUAGGAGUGAGACCAAAAACACCGGCGUAUCAACGGUAUACGACAGCGCUACAAAAUGACCCCCGAUGUUCACAAGAGGUGGCCCUCGGUCGGAGAAUUGGCUUGUAUCGUUUUUGUGGCGAUAUUGGACGAGGAAAUUUUUCCAGGGUCAAACUAGCGGUACAUCAACUAACCAAAGAUAAAGUAGCCAUUAAAGUAGUUGAUACUAGUCGCCUAGAUGCUAAAGCUCUGCGUAUGUUGUCUAGAGAAGUCACGAGUCUUGAAGCAGUAUUUCAUCCAUUCAUUCUAAGACUAUUUGAAGUGAUAGAAACUUUAGGCAAGAUUUAUCUCAUUAGCGAAUGGAUUCAAGGCGGAGAACUGUACAGCAGGAUUGCAGACAUUGGUCCACUAGAAGAAUCUCAUGCUUCCAUAUUAUUCUACCAACUUCUCAUGGCUGUUAAACAUCUGCAUAGUCUUGGGUACGUUCAUCGAGACAUUAAAGCUGAAAAUGUUUUGAUGCUGAGUGAAGAGAGAAUCAAACUAGCUGAUUUCGGUUUUAGCACUCAGUUGAUAAAUGGACCUUUACAGCACUUGGAUACAUUUUGUGGAUCUCCACCAUAUGCGGCACCAGAACUGUUCAGUGACGAUCAUUAUAUAGGCGGACCUGUCGACAUAUGGGCAUUGGGAAUUCUGCUAUAUUUCAUGCUGCAAGCCAAAAUGCCUUUUAGGGCAUCGACAGUACCAUUAUUGCGAACUGCCGUGCUCAGAGGUGAUUUUGAGAUAUCGACAACCCUUAGUUUACCAUGUAGCAGAUUGAUCCAACGCAUCUUGGUACACGCACCAACUCGUCGUCCUACCAUCGAGCAGCUGUUGAAGUGCCAGUGGUUCGAAUACGCACAAACAGUCAAACCUGAAACCCACAAAAAACCAGCUCAUCAUGCAAGCCCCAAUACCAGUAGCCAACAUAGUGAAGUUCCUAUUACUCAAAGAAAACGUUUUCGUUUUUUUCCUACUAGAGGCCAACGACGACAAUAUUCACCAAAUCAGUCAUCAAGCUUUAAAAACAUAAACGCUGCCAAUCAGACUAAUGCGGAGGACACAACGAUAAUACGAACAAUUAAAUGCUGUACUAAAAGAGCGAACAGCGUCUUAGAAGAAGACUUCCUGAAUCCCAUCGAAACUGCACGCCCGAGCAUUGGAAUCGAUGUGGUUAACAACAAUAGUAACAGUAACUUCCGCGAACACGUGGAAAACGCCUUAUCAAAAGGUCGAAAAUUUUCUUUCAGUAGACUGGUUAAGAAGCGGAUAGGUCCACUAGAACUUUCAAGCUCACAACAGAGCACGGAUGGUAAUUCCAACUACAAUGGAAGCGAUUACAGAGAACGUUUGCAGAAACUUGUGGAAGAUGAACAUGGAAUAUUUGUGAUGUUUCCAACGGCAUCAGAAAACAAUAAUAUGCAUUCCCACGAGAAAGAAACGCGUCGGCUGAUGGCAAACCUUGGUAUCGAUAGUGAUAUGAUAGAAAAAUCCAUUCAAAAUGGACCACGUAGUGACAUUGUCGGAAUAUAUAGAAUAGUAGUACACAGAAUGCAGAAAGAGCAUUCGAUCGUCAAUCUGACGGGGAACGCAUUCAGUUCUGAAAUCAAGUCGAAUAUCAACCAAAGUAAAUGUGAUGAAAAAUCGUACAGCGAUAAAAACACCAGCACAAGUUUUGCAAAAAAUAUAACUUGUGUCAUAUUGUAAGAAUCUGUUAUUUUUUUUUUUGUUUUAAUAAUUGUAUGGUUUGAAAUAAAAUAUUGCUAUAAGUUAAA